ACACCCAAAUCAAUCCCAACCCCUAAACUUAUCGCCAAGAGACACACACACACAACAACAAAAUGAAGGCACCUUCACAACAAGAGAUGACUUACUAUGGCAAUGUCAAGAAACGGCAAGACGAACAAGGCUGCUUAUACGCAACGUUUUACGCCAUGUUCUGUUGCUGUUGCUGCUACGAGACAUGCAAGUGUUGUUGCUGUGUUUGAUUUAUAUGUAUGAUCAUCUCAAAAAGAAAAAAGUAAAGAAAAAAUCCUAUGUAUCAUCUCAAAACUAUUCUCUUUAUCUGUCCUUCUCAUUAGCUCUUUUAUUGAUGAACUAUACGUCUUUAAACCAUGAUUAAUAAAUCUUUGGUCACCACUAGACCAAGGGGACAAUUUUAUGUAGUUUCAGUUAUAUAAACUUAACUAAUAGUUGAUAAACAUAGAAACGCAAAAACCGAACUAAAAUGUGAUGCUAAUAAUUUUUGCCUUUAAAUGCAUGGGAAUUGGUUUCGAUUUUAUAAAUAAUUUACAAUUUAAUUUUGGUUUUACAUAUCUUGAUCUGGUUCGGUUUAAUCUCUUCGGGUUGUUUUUCUUUUUCUUUCUCACCCCUGAUAAAAUAAAAACAAGUCAAAAAGUCCCCUAAACAUUGUUUCUUAUCGAUUUGAUCCAAUUUACCCUAAAAAAAUUUCUCAAAUUUCGAAAUCUAUAACUCUAAAAGCUUCAUCCUCCUAGCUAGUGAGUUCAAUCUGGAUCACAUCGAGAGAUUUUGAAUUCUCUUACAAAUGUCAUCAGUAGGAACAUCAAAGGGGAUUCUUGAAAUCGCCAAGCUCGGUGUAUACGUCGCAAUACCGAUCGUACUAAUGUAUACAUUUGCUAACAACAGCUCCAACAUCAAUAGAAUCAUGGGCGGUCGUUCGUACGUUGUUUAUCCUAAAGAAGCUCCUCUCCCUCCUUUACCUGAAGAGCUAAGACAGAUGGCUAAAGAACUUUCCCGCAACAAGAACAUCGUAUCCAAUUGAUUCUACUUUUAUAACGAAAGCC